AUGGCCGACACAAGCUUGCUCGAGGGCAACGGCCUUCUCGACCUCGACCCGCCCGCCACCGGCUCUCUUCUGUCCCAAGCCAAAGCAGACGAGCUCUUUCCCGGUGCAGGCGACCCCUUUCGCGAACGAGACACCAACAUUUUCAGUCCUAUCAACUCCCAGAACGAAGCACAGAAAGCACUCAAUGCUUGGGGCUCCCAGGCAUCGGCCAAGCUCGAUCACAAGGCGUACACACGCAGCCCAGAGCGAGGCGAUACAAUGGACUUUGAUGCACCUCUCGACCUCGACCAACUCCUAGACGAAGAGAUGGUAACCCAGCAACAUGCUGCACCGACAAACAGACAUCCACAACCUGCUUCGCCCGAUCUUGACUUCGAUCAGCUUCUCGAGGAAGAGAUGUCUCUCACGCGCGAACAACAACACCACCCAGAGCGAUCUUCUGCAAAUUCGCAGCAGCUGAAUCAGGACGAAGAUGAAUUGGAGGCUUUUCUCCUUGCUGAACAAGAGCACACAGCGUCGCAUCCGACCCAACGGCCACAUUCGCCUCUUCUUGAGUUCACUUCCUCCCGAGCCUCUUCGUCCGUAUCGGACCUUCUUGAAAGCAACGGUUUGCUUGGCGACUCUUCUCUGCCCAGCUCGCAACACUCGAUCGCUCCAGCCCAAAAGUCACACAGCUUGACGGCCGAACCAUUCCCGACAUCAGCUCAAUCCUCUUCUAGGGCCAUUGAGGCCCUUUCUGCGCUUGACGCGGUGGGGCAAUCGCCGGCUACGGACUUGGGCAGUAUCGAAGCUCAAGCAGGGCCAUCUCGACUGCCCUCACGCGUCCGCCCGGCUGGCAUUCCCAAAUAUAUCCCCGCCGGCUUUGUCGCCGCGACCACGAUGGACGGCACCGUUGUCCGCUUCGAAAGACGCAAACGCAUGAAAGGGUGGAAGCCGCCAGCCGUCAUGUCGGACAUCGAUGCUUCGCAGCUCCUUGAGCGACCCAUCCACCAGCUGCUGGAUGCCGUCCAAGCUCUGAAGGCGCUCGAUGUGGUGGAGCGCGGAGAGGCGCAACAGCAGCAAGCUCAAUCAUCGGUCAACGUUGAUACAACCGAAGUUUCUAGAGCUGCAUCGCGCAUGUGGGUCGACAAGCAUCGACCCGCCAAGUUUACCGAGCUUCUCGGCGACGAACGCGUCCAUCGCGAGGUGCUCGGCUGGCUCAAGGAAUGGGACGAGUGCGUCUUCAAGCGCAAGAACCACCGCAAGGAGCGUCAUCGUCAGUACAUCCAGGCCAAGUACGGGCUCCCCGACAGCGGCGCUGGCGACAAGGGAGGCGAGCACUCGUGGAAGGACCCCUACGGCCGUCCCAAGGAGCGCAUCAUGAUGAUCUCCGGCCCACCCGGCUUGGGCAAGACGACGCUCGCGCACGUCAUUGGCGCCCACGCAGGCUACAAUGUCUACGAGCUCAAUGCGAGCGACGCACGCUCAGCGGGGGCUGUGGAGGAUGUCAUCAAGAUGGCGCUCGAGUCGGGUAGCUUGAAGGACCCGAGGCCGACGUUGGUGGUGAUCGACGAGAUUGAUGGCGCGACGGGAGGCGGGGGAGGAGCUUCGGGCGAAUCGCAUGGCUUUGUGCGUGCAUUGGUGCGUCUGGUUGAGAUGGGCAAAGGCUCUGGUCCAAAGGCAGCGGGUCUGGCUUCGCGCGGGAAGAAGCAGCAACGCAAGGGGUUCAAGCCCCUCCUCCGACCCAUCAUCUGCAUCUGCAACGACCUCUACGCUCCGUCGCUCCGAGCAUUGCGGCCCAUGUCGAAGCUCGUCCGCUUCAACAAGCCGCCCACCAACCUGGUCGUUAAACGUCUGCGCGAGGUCUGCGAGGCCGAGUCGCUCUCCGUUGAAGCGCGUGGCCUGUCUCUGCUUGCUGAGCUGACCAACGGCGACAUUCGCUCUUGCCUCAAUGCAUUGGAGUUUGCCAAGACUAAGAACAUUGCUCUGACCGAGGCCGCUGUCAAGAGCGCCUCGAUCGGCAUCAAAGACACGGGUGGUACCGUUCACAAAGCGUGGGAGAUGCUCUUCAGACGUCAGAAUCGCAAGCAGGCAGCCGCAUCCAGCAUGAAAGGCGCCAAUGCACACGCCACUGAAGGCGAUGCUUCGCCUUGGAACUCGUCGCGCAAGGCGUCUGCACCGGAACUGACCUCGGAUGGCAAAGAGCGGCAAAAGGAGUUCAACCUGAUCGACACGGCUCACGAGAACGUCAACCGCAUCAUCCACGAGGUGUCCAGCUGCAACGAGUACGACAAGCUCGCCCAGGGCUGCUUUGAGCACUACCCGACGCUGCGUGCUGCCGAUGGCGGCUGGAAACGCUACCGCCAGGUGCACGACUGGCUGCACUUUGGGCAGAGCAUUACGACACGCGCGUGGUCGCAGGGCAACUACGAGCUGCUCGGCUUUAUGCCCUGGUCCUUUGUCUGCUGGCAUCUGCUGUUUGCCCAUGUUGGCAAUGCGCUGCCCGAGUAUCCGAAAGUCGACUAUGAGAACCAUCUCAAGACGUCUGCGUUCAACGAGAUUGCGACGCAGAUCGUCGCCACUCUGCCUGCCAACGUCCGCUCGCAGUUCAACCGGCAGUCGGUCAUCACCGAGCUGGGACCCUUGCUGAUGCGCAUCCUCACGCCGGAUCUUCGACCGAUCAACAACCAGCUGUCGCGAGCCGAGGACAAGCAGGCGUUUGGCUCGCUUGUCUCGAUCAUGACGUCGCUCAACCUCAGCUUUGUGCAGGACAAGAUCUCGGAAGAGGAAGCGGCGGUGACGGGGCAGACGGCGGGUCAGCUUGUGUACAAGCUCGAUCCUCCGCUCGACAUUUUCACCCAGUUUGAGGGCAAGCGGUCCAAGGAGAUCGGGCCGUCGCGCUUUGCGGUGCGGCAGCUGGUGGCGAGGGAGAUGGAGCGCCAGCUGCUGCGCAAGAAUGCAGGGGUCGAGGGCGUGGAGGACGAUGCCCUGUCGACGUCGAAGAAUGCUACUGCCAUCUAUCGGUCCAAGAGCACGAAUGCGGCCGAGGCUGCACGCGAUGCGAUUAGGAACAAAACGGAAAAGAUCGCCGUCGACUUUUUCGGCCGUCCCAUUGUGCAAAAGAGCGCCUCGGUGCCUGCAGCCUUGUCCGGCGUGCCGAUUCCGGAAGGAAUGGGCGGCAAGAAGAGAAAGUUACCAGAGGGCCGUUCAUCUAGCACGUCCGAGCUGACUUCGCCGACGACGGCAACGGCAACGGCAACGGCGACAGUGAGCGACGAGCCAGCUGCAGCUGUUGCGAGUCAAGGUGUCGCCAGCGAGGACAAGAUCAAGGUGUUUUAUCGCUACCACGAGGGCUUCUCCAACGCUGUGCGUCGACCGAUGAAGAUUUCCUCGCUUCUGUAG